AAAAAUCGCUCUUAGUGACUUGAGUAGGGCGAAUUAAGUAAGCUCAGUUCUCGACAAUUUUUGAUAUCGUGCGGGUGAAAAUAUAAAUUCGUCGAGCGCCGCCCAAUUAGUCUUAGAAAAACCCUCAAAACAGAACAUACAUAGACUGAAAAAAUUGUGUUAAGUCGACGGUUUUGGAAUCCUAAAAUUUAUUAUAUAACCUACAGAACAGGAAUAAAAGCUAAAAAAAAAUCAACCAAACCGGAACCAGAGAAUAAACCUGCAGGAAUGAACAUUGACUGCUGCUUAUCGGAGCAGGCUUGUGAGGAAAGGCGUAUCAGCAGGGAAAUUGAUAAGGUCCUGAAAGCGGAAAAGAAGAAAGCACGACGCGAACUUAAGCUAUUGGUCCUGGGCACAGGUGAAUCUGGCAAGACCACAUUCAUCAAACAAAUGCGCAUUAUUCACGGCAACGGAUUUUUGGACAAGGAGAGGGAGCAGUUCACCAAAAAUGUUUUCCAAAACAUAUUCAUGGCCAUGCAGUCGAUGAUCAGUGCAAUGGAGACUCUGCAGAUUCCCUACGGUCAGCAGGAGCAUAGUAAACUUGCUGAUCUUGUGAAGAGCAUCGAUUACAAGACAGUUACCACACUGGAGGCGCCCUACUUGAAUGCCAUCAAAACGCUUUGGAAAGAUGCUGGCAUCAAGGAGUGCUACAAUCGUCGUAGGGAAUAUCAGCUGACCGAUUCAACUGAAUACUUUUUGAACGACAUAGCUCGAAUUGAACGGAGUGAUUACCAGGCAACUGAUCAGGACAUUCUUCAUGUUCGAGCGCCAACAACCAAUAUUGUUGAGUAUCCCUUCAAUUUGGACGGUUUUCUGAUUAGAAUGGUGGACGUCGCUGGUCAACGAACAGAGAGAAGAAAGUGGAUCCAUUGUUUUUCCAAUGUGACAUCACUUAUGUUUUUGGUUGCCAUGUCCGAGUUUGAUCUAACUUUGGCUGAAUCGGAGAAUGAGAAUCGUAUGAUGGAAUCUAAAGCUUUAUUUCACCAUAUAAUAUCGUCUGAAUGGUUUCAACACUCGUCCGUGAUUCUGUUUCUAAACAAAGAGGAUUUAUUUAAACAGAAAAUAUUGUCAACGCAUUUGGCAGACUAUUUUCCUGAAUAUAAUGGUCCAAAGAAGGAUGCUAGGGCGGGCCGAGAAUUCAUACGGCAAAUGUUUACUAGCGUGAAAACUGAUCCUUACAAGUUAAUCUAUUCUCAUUUCACCGUUGCUACAAAUACUGAAAAUAUUAAGUUUGUGUUCACUGCUGUAAAGGACACAAUUCUGGAAUUGCAUUUAAGUGAAACUAAUUUGCUGUGACCUCGAUUUCUACAAAAUGUCUAUUUAAAUCAUAUUGAUGAGGAACAAGGUUUGCGUAUCAUAUUUUAAAAAUAAGGAAAUAAAUGUAUGUACAACAGAAAAUAAUUUUUAAUUUAUUUUUAAGCUAUAUUUACCAUC